UUUUUUGUCAUAUACCAUUGCAUCUGAUAGCUGGGAGACAUCACUGCCCUGUCUGUGCUGUCCCGAAGCACAACGCGAGAAGUCCGACAAGAGGCAAAAGCGACGAGGAGGGAGAGAUUCCUUGCUCUGGGAGGUUGUUGGUUGUGGGCACACACUCUGUACAGAAUAACCCUGCAAAGGCCUACUACUACGGAGCGAUGAGCCUUCCACGACCUGGCGGGCGCCCGCAAGGCGGAGAGAUAAAGUCCGGCGGCGGCGGCGGCGGCGGCGGCACCGGUUACGGUGGUGGCGGUACGACAACGGCAGCAGCAGCAGCCGCAGCCCCAAGCGCUUUCGCCGGGUACACGCCUCCGUCCGCGAAUCCCCCGAACCCGUACACCUCGGCAACGGGUGCUAGCAGCGCCGCGGGCGCGGGCGGCGGGCUUUCCUUUGGCGGAGGUGGUGGGUAUGGCAGGGGAGGGGGGUUCGGGGGUGGUGCAUUUGGGGGCGCGGGGGCACCACAAGGGUUUGGAGGAGGAGGGACGACGGCGGGUGGGGCCCUGGGGGGGGGAGGGGUCGAUGGGAGGAAUCAGUACGGGUUUUCGAACGGUGGAGGUGGAGGUGGGUUGGAUACCCUGGGCGCUAGCAUGGGAGCGGUAGCCGGGGCUGCGAUGGGCAUGGCGGCGGGAGGGGCGCAGCGGAAGGCGGGGGGGGCGAGGGGGGGGGGUCAGCAGCAGCAGCAGCAACAGCAGCAGCCUUUGGACUGGCACCAAUGGACUCCGGAUGGAAUGAAUGCACAGAUGCUGAACGUUGGCGGGAACGUGGCCUCCAACUUCCUUAAAAGCAACGUCGCUCAGUACCAGCCUCGGGUGUCUGGCUACUGGAACACCCUAAAGGUCUACUUCACGGUGGACAACCGAUACGUGUUGAAGAAGUUGAAGGUGCUGCUGCUGUCGGUGUUGAGGAAAGACUGGUUCCGGUUACCGUCGGAGGACGAGGUUAAGGAUGACGGGAGACCAAAGUUCGAGCGGCCCGUGGCGGACGUGAACGCCCCCGACCUGUACGUUCCGUUAAUGUCGUUCAUAACGUUCGUGCUCUUGACCGGAUACGCGAAGGGUUCAGCGGCGGCGCUGUCUGACGGUGCCGGGACGUUCUCGCCAGAGGUGUUGACCGAGGUGACGAGCUCUUGCAUAGUGACGCAGCUGCUGGAGGUGCUCCUGAUCCGGCUGGGGCUGUACCUUCUCAACAGCCCGGCCGUCGUGCUGGACCUCAUCGCGUACACUGGCUACAAAUACGUGGGCCUGUGCAUCAACAUGACCGUCGGGGUGUUCUCGGGAAGGACGUGGUACUACCUGGCGCUCUUGUGGACGGGGUCCAUGAUGUCCUUCUUUAUGUUUAAAACAAUGGCUCACACAGUCCCCACCGGUUCCGCGUCCCGAGAAGUGAUGAUCCUUGGGUUCGCCGCCCUGCAGCUCUUGAGCAUGUGGUGGCUGGGACACUCGAGCGAUCUCUGAGCGCCGCCCCAAGCUCCCGUCUUCGUCCCCCGUCUUUGGCACUAUGCUUCCGAGCAUGGAUGGUGUGUGUGUCCCAUGCAGCUCCGAGAAUUAAGAAAAUCGUGCGCUACAGUACCCCGAUGAGUCAUGAGUGUCUCCGAUCGUAUCUCUUCUCUGUGUCACGUUCAGCAAUGGUUGCGGCAACGGUGUGCCGCGCGGAAUGGUCUGCCCCCCCUGCCUGUUUUGUUUUAUGUCUGCUGUGGCGGUUCGUGCUCUGGCCAUUGUGGGGAUGUGGCCAAGCAGAGGCAAUGACCGGCUCUUCGCCUGGGGACAUGUGUAGUCUCUAGCGUUUCACGUGUCUUUUUUGUCUUUUGGUCGUCGUCGGCGGCGUGCUGAGACUGGGGUGCUACCCACGCCCUGGACUCCGGUGCUGGGCGAUCGUACGGUGAUCGUGCGGCUGGUGGUCGCCUUGCCCUCGCCGCUGGUGAUGGUCACUCACCGAUCCUCCUCCGGUGACCGUGGUCGACUCGUGGUAUGCGAGAUAAAGGGGAUUUUUGACAAUCAGAGCAGUUGGGUGACAUUCCUGUCUUGUCGUCAGGAGUUGACGUGAGAAGCUAAACAAAAUGCACGUCCAGCAGAGAUGGAUUCUUCACAGUAUAUCGAAAACCGUUUGCUACUCCCCACCCUCCUUUGGGCCGAAAAGCCGUCAAGUACUUCCACGCAUGCACUCGCGCAUCGUCGCAGGGCCCCAGAUCAUGACCGUUCGAAGCGUUUUUGUUUCUUAGACUGGUGUCGCUAAGUU